CUGUCAGGUCCUUUUGGGUAGUCAUUGCGUUGGUGAAUUACUUGUGAACUGUACCCAUAGUGUGAGGAUAGUCGCUUUUAUUUGCAAAUUGAUAAGUGAAGGCAGUUUGAUCAAGGAAUGGGCGAACAAACAGAAAAGAGCGAUGACGGCGAACAGGCCCUGGCUAAACGGGGAUCCUGGGGAAACCAGAUCGAGUUCAUUCUCACCAUGAUUGGGUUCGCGGUGGGGCUUGGAAAUGUCUGGAGAUUCCCCUACCUCUGCUUCCGGAACGGGGGAGGUGCUUUCCUGGUGCCAUAUUUCAUCUGUCUGGCCAUGCUGGGCGUGCCUCUGUUCUUCAUGGAGCUGAACUUUGGCCAGUUCGCCAGUCUCGGACCUCUCAAGAUCUGGAGGGUGAACCCCGCAAUGAAAGGUGUUGGCAUGAGUGUAGUUCUCAUUACGACCUGCAUCAUCAUCUACUACAACGUCAUCGUUUCUUAUUGCAUUUACUUCUUCUUCGCCUCUAUGACGGCAAAUCUGCCCUGGGCCGACUGCGAAAAUGAUUGGAACACGUGCCUCUGCCGAGAUUCGACCAUGAACAGUUCGAGUAGCAUCCCUUGGCACAAUGACUCCCGGCUUGCUACAGCUUGUGAAAACAUGACGAUCACAAAAAAUCAAACUACAUCGCCGAGUGAAGAGUUUUUCAUCCACAAAGUACUACGGCGAACGGGCGGGCUGGACGAGCCAGGCGAACUACUCUGGGAUGUCAGUCUGUGUAACCUUCUUGCCUGGACCAUCAUCUUCCUCGUCCUCACGAAAGGAGUUGAGACGCUCGGAAAGGUGAUGUACGUCGCGGCAAUUUUCCCGUACAUCCUGUUGACCAUUCUACUGGUCCGCGGUCUGACACUGGAGGGACACAGCGAAGGCAUUGACUUCUACCUCAAACCAAACAUAACCAAACUCUCAGAAGCAGCUGUAUGGAGCGAUGCGGCAGUGCAGAUCUUCUACUCUCUUGGUAUUUGCCAGGGUGGCCUUAUAGCCAUGUCCAGUUUUAGCAACUUCAAAACAAACACUUUAAGAGACUCAUUGAUAGUUCCAAUCGUAAACUGUGGGACGAGCUUCUACGCAGGUUUCGUAAUAUUUUCCGUGUUGGGGUUCAUGGCACACCAGAAAAACACGGACGUCGCCAACGUAGUCGCAAGCGGUCCGGGUCUUGUGUUUAUGGUGUACCCGGAAGCUCUUUCUCAGAUGCCUGUGGCCCCGCUCUGGUCCGUUCUCUUCUUCCUUAUGAUGACCAUGCUGGGAUUCAGUUCACAGUUUUCAGCCACGGAAACAGUCCUGUCCAGUAUCAUAGAUGAGUUCCCGUCUCUUCGAUCCUCAAGGUUCAAAACCAUCGGCUUUCGAGCGGCGGGAUGUUUCCUCUUCUUUGUGUUAGGACUGCCUAUGACUACACAGGGAGGAUACUAUCUCUUCAACCUUAUAGACAACUAUGUCGGUGGCUUCCCACUUCUAUUUGCGGGCAUAUUUGAAAUCAUCGUACUGAUCUUCAUUUAUGGUGUCAUGAAAUUCAAGAAAGACAUAGAGAUGAUGCUUGGCAAAACUAAGAUGACGAAGAUCGCCUUCUUUUUCUUCAUACCUAUGUGGUGUUUCCUAACACCCGCCUGUCUACUCGGCGUGAUUGUGUUCAAAUGCAUCCAAUACGAGCCAUUGGUGACUGACGGGUACGACUAUCCGGAUUUCGGCGAUGCCAUUGGCUGGCUGGCGGCGGGGGCGUGUAUUCUCAUUGUACCGAUAUGGUUCAUUGGUUACUUCUGUAAAAUGGGUGGGGCAGCGCUAAUGGCGGACUUGAAUUCCCCGAAAACGAAAUGGGGCCCUGCGGAUCCGGAGCACCGCGGGGAGAGAUAUCGGCUGCCAGACUUUGAUGUCGAGAUAACAGUGAGCAAAGACGGGAUGAAGGAGACUAUCAACGGAAGUGGACCUGUCAUAGAAGCGGAUGUGGCUAACGGAACUACUUCUGUUGGACAAGAGAACGAUGCAUUCCAAAAAUUUUGAGACAUUUUGUUUAAAUAGACGGCUGUUUGGAUGGACAAGUUUUUAUAGUAUAGUAUAGUCAACCUGAAUAUAUAACAUGGAAAUGGGAGUUAGUUCAAAGCCAUUUGUAACAACUGAAAAACUGUUAUCAAAAUUACCAAGAAGACAUGAUUAUAAAUAGAAACGGUAUGUUCCAAUAGUCUUUGCCAAUGCCGUUAAUAAUUUGUGUGGACCAAAGGUUUGUGGGGGAAAAGACUAAUUUUGAACAAAUUUCGAUAAAGUGCAAAUAUAACGAAGUGCAAUUUUCUAUAAAAAACAACAUGUAAACAUAUUUAGAGGAUAGUUUGUUUCACUGUUAGGUCGAAAUUUAAUGAACCAAGUAGGUUUGUAGCUUUCCAUAAAACGCGACAAAUUUUCUGCAAACAUAAUUUAAUUUCUGAAAUGAUGGGGUUGAAAUUGUGUUCUAGCCCGAGCUUAAAUUCAAAACGAUGUAAUAUACCAAAUUGAUAACGUUUAUUGAUUGAGUUCGUCAGUUUAGCUGUAAACACGUUAUUAUGUUGUUUGUUAUUGUGUUGCGUUUCUUUGUGUACAGAGUAGUAUACCAGUAUAAAUUGUAAUUGUUAUACAUGAAAAAAUAGUCAUAAAAUGUGUAGUCAUUUUCUACUCUUCAUGUUUAAUAUGACGAAUGUCCAGUACAUAACUGUUUGACGAAUGUCCAGUACAUAACUGUAUGGCGAAUGUCCAGUACAUAACUGUUUGACGAAUGUCCAGUACAUAACUGUUUGACGAAUGUCCAGUACAUAACUGUUUGACGAAUGUCCAGUACAUAACUGUAUGGUGAAUGUCCAGUACAUAACUGUAUCACGAAUGUCCAGUACAGAACUGUAUCACGAAUGUCCAGAACAUAACUGUAUCGCGAUUUUCCAGUGCAUAACUGUAUGACGAAUGUCCAGUACAUAACUGUUUGACGAAUGUCCAGUACAGAACUGUAUCACGAAUGUCCAGUACAUAGCUGUAUGACGAAUGUCCAGUACAUAACUUUUAUUUUUUAUUUUACACAGAGUAAUAAAUAAAUGCUUAGUGCUAUACUGAACAAAACAGUCAUAAAAUAUGUAGCCAUUUUAUAUCGUACAUGUAUAUACUUUUAUGUAUACCUAAUGUACAAUACAUUACGUUGUUUUGUCAAGGUAAUGUGUUGUCUUGGUCAUUCAAUAUUUUGAUUUCCUUUAAGAUUGUAUUCCAAGUUCUUUCAAGUAUUUUUGUUAAAGAUAAACCCUGUCACAGCUGUAUUUUGACUAUUUAGUUCAAUAAAAGGA